GGAGGCAUUUGUUGAAAUUUCCGUUUAAUUUGAUUGUUAAGUAUAGGGUUUGAAAAUCUCAACUAUCAACUAUCAAUCCCACCAACAUCAACCAAAAAUGGCAGCGUCACUGCUCAAAGCCCGGCACUCCAACCACCACAUCACCACCAUUUUCCGCCAUUCCUCCACCCUCUCCACCACCAAACCCUCGCAUCACAAUGAACACAGCCAAAACCAAGUAUACCUUAAACCCAGCAACAUUAUCGGAAGCUGGGAACCCCCGAAAAACCCUAAGGAAGCACAAGCCAAACUCGCCUUCCUUCGCCGCGACUAUGCCAAGCAAGUCAAGGAGCUUCGCAAGCAGUAUAUCCAUGAGAUGGAGUUGCAGAGAGAGGAGCAGCUGCGCAAAGAUGAAGCACGGAAGGUUGAGAUUCUUCGGCAAAGGGAAGAGCGGAAUAAGUCUAAGGCUGCUGCUGCUCAGGCUCGUGCUGUCGAGCGUAAGGCUUUUGAGGAGGAUUUUCGCAAUACUUUGAUGAAAGAAAGAACAGAGAAGCUUGAAUACUGGAGAAUGAGAGAAAAAUCAAUAGAGGAAAAAAAGAACAAUGAAAAGGAACUUAUCCGUAGGCAAAGUGGGAAGUGGAUUGAGGAAGGACAGAUGGAGGCAAUGAUAAUGCGAACAGUAAUUGAUCAUCCCAAACAACUAUAGAUGCUGGCUAGUUUAUGGGGUCAUUCAUGCAGGGCUGGCAGCUGUUCAACAUCUCAAAUUGUGCUCUCAUUUGUUUCGAGUCGAUUGAUAUAGUUUGGAGUUAUGUAUGUUGUCCCAAAAAAGUUGCACAAUGCUACUCACACUGUUGUGAUCUUGUAAUCCGUCUUUUUACUGAGGUGUUUCAAAUCUAUCUCUGAUCUAGGGACACAAUUUUCCCAUAGCUGUUACAACCUUAACUAGAGUGGCAGUCUGUCAUAGAGUUUGAGCUUUUGGUGUAUUUCUUUCUCCUAUGAUGCAAUGAUACUUUUGACUUAAAUGGUUGGUGCUUUUGUGAUA